GGUUGGGUUAACUUUUCAUAUGGGAAUGCGCACUCUCUCUCUCCCUCUGUCUAUAAGUAUCCUACGUGUCUCGCCCGCCGUCAGAUUCAUUCAGUUGGUGGCAACGUAGCAGUUUGCUGUGCUCUGGCUUCUUUUUUUUUUUUUGGAAGUAGUGCAAGAAGAGCAGCUGCGCAUAAAGCUACUUUUCUCAUGUGCGAACUUGGGAUGAACGACAUUAUGAAUGGAAUUUGAGAGGCUUUAACUUUUCACCCACAGGUGCGAGUUGAUCUGUAGAAUUAUGGAUUCGUUGGGGCCAAACGACACGUCUGCCGAGUGUGCAGGGAGGCAAGCGGACGCGUCAAACAGGAGCUGCGGCAACAUCUCAGCGGCGUUCGCACCUCGCGGCGUGCCGCCAAAAGAUGACAACCACAUGCUGCUGAUCCUGCUGUACUCCCUCAUCUUCUUCCUGAGUGUGUUUGGGAACCUGCUGAUCAUUGUGGUGCUGACCGUCAACAAGCGCAUGCGCACCGUCACCAACUCCUUCCUGCUUUCGCUGGCCGUCAGCGACCUAAUGAUGACCGUCUUCUGCAUGCCCUUCACGCUCAUCCCCAACAUUCUCAAGGACUUCAUAUUUGGUGCCGCCAUGUGCAAGACAGUGUCCUACCUUAUGGGUCUAUCGGUCAGCAUUUCUACAUUCAGCCUGGUUGCCAUUGCGAUUGAGCGCUACAGCGCCAUCUGUAACCCCCUGAAGUCGCGGGUGUGGCAGACUCGAUCUCAUGCCUAUCGGGUGAUCGCAGCUACGUGGAUAACGGCGCUCAUCAUUAUGAUUCCGUACCCGGUGGUCAGUCGCCUGGACUCCUUUGAACGCCUCGACAACACCACUGGUCACAAGUGUCGGAGCAAGUGGCCUGCAGCCAUGGCGGAGCAGUCCUGGUAUGUUCUGCUGUUGCUGGUGCUAUUCGCCGUUCCCGGAGUGGUGAUGAGUGUGGCCUACGGUCUAAUCUCCAGGGAGCUUUACAGAGGAAUCCGCUUUGAGAUUGGUCACAAAAAGGACUCCACAGACACCAAGAAUGGUUUGACUUCAACAGUGUCGUGUGCCAGCGACGAUGGCGACGGUUGCUACGUCAAUGUCCAGCGUCCCUACUCCUUGGAAAUGUCGGCCAUGUCCGCUUCGGUGCGGUCACCCAAGUCGGAGCGUCUGCGCAGCAACACGUCUGAGGCCAAGCUGGAGGCCAAGAAGCGAGUCAUCCGCAUGCUUGUAGUUAUCGUGGUCCUCUUCUUCCUUUGCUGGAUGCCACUGUACUGCGUCAACACGUGGCGGGCUUUUGACAAGGAUUCGGUCAGUAAAGCUCUGACGGGAAAACCCAUCGCUGCUAUUCAUUUGCUAUCUUACACCUCGGCCUGCGUCAACCCCAUCAUCUACUGCUUCAUGAACACCCGUUUUCGGAAGGCUCUGCUGGCCACGUUUUCCUGCUGCGCUGCGCCUUGCCGUCAGCGCCGCCGCCGCGGCUUGAGAGACAACGAGGAUGACGUGACGGCUGUGGGACCUUCGGUGUCCAAAUUCAGUUAUACAACGGUCAGCACCAUGGGAACCUGCUGAGGCUGAUGGAGUUGCUAGGGCAACGCGGUGCUGGAGCCAAACGGUUAGCGACAUGUAGCAAUAUAUGUAGAGCUUAACUCAAUGGGUGACACUGAUGGCGAUAGACGUCCAAUUGACAUUUUUUGCUGUCAAUGGCAGUCAGUGAGUUAAAAGUAUGAUUGUGAGAAAAUCCCAAUUUCAAUGUACAUACCUCAAUCAGCGCAGGGAUCUUUAAGGAAAAGACAACAGCUGGUAUAAAUUACCGUCAUGUGAAAGAUGGUUGCUGAGAGUAUGUGCUGAGAGUAUAUAGUUGUGGUCAAAAGUUUACAUACACUUGG